AGCUACCACCUGCCGCCGCCUCUCUCUCUCUCUCUCUCUCUUGACCGCCGCGCCUUCGCACCUUCUCUCCCAGACGCUUCAUUGAAGGGGGCCAUAUCUCCACCUCUUGGGACUUCUUCCCAAUUCUCUUCUGGGGAGCGUGAGCCCUUGCCGAACGGGAGCCAGAAGAGAGUAGCCCGCAGCCCGCAGCCCGCAGCCCGCAGCCCAAAGGUUCUCCCAUGGCGCCCGCCCUGCUCUUCCUAGGUGUCGUCCUGGCGGCCGGGGUGGCCAAGGCAGCCGAACGUUCCGCCCCCACUGUUAUUACAUGUUUUACAAGAGGAUACGAUCUUAGAAACGAUCCAGCAGAUGUUAUCUGUCCAGCAAAUUGUCAUAUAUGGCAGUUCUAUGUCUAUGGAAACAUUGAGUAUGCCUCUGAAUCAAGUAUCUGUGGAGCUGCCAUUCACAGAGGUGUGAUCACCAGUUCAGGGGGGGCUGUAAGAGUGAAGAUGUUACCAGGGCGUGAGAACUACUCUGCAAUAUAUGCCAAUGGAAUCCAAUCCCAACUCUUUUCUAAGUCAAGUUCAUCAUUUUCAGUAGCUAGUGCUAAAGGUGAAGCCCUUGAAGCAGCUGGGCAUCCUAUUUCAACAGCACGGCCAUUUGCAGGAAAACGACCUAAAAAACCUGUUGUGAAAAAGUCUGGAAACAAAGAUUGUCAAGCCGAUAUUGCUUUCCUGAUUGAUGGAAGCUACAAUAUUGGGCAGCGCAGGUUUAAUUUGCAGAAAAACUUUAUUGGGAAGGUGGCAAUGACACUGGGAAUUGGAACUGAAGGCCCACAUGUGGGAGUAAUACAAGCCAGUGAUUAUCCAAAAACUGAGUUUUAUCUGAACAAUUUCACCACUUCAAAAGAUGUUUUAUUUGCAAUAAAAGAAAUAGCUUUCCAAGGAGGCAAUUCCAAUACAGGAAGAGCUUUGAAACACUCAGCACAAAGAUUUUUUUCUAUUGAAAAAGGGGUACGCAAAGGCAUUCCUAAAAUCAUUGUAGUUUUCUUAGAUGGCUGGCCAUCAGAUAAUUUGGAAGAAGCUGGUAUAUUGGCUAGAGAAUUUGGUGUUAAUGUAUUUUUUGUGUCAAUUGCAAAACCUACAUCUGAAGAACUGGGGAUGAUUGAAGAACUAAAUUUUAUUGAAAAGGCAGUCUGUCAAAAUAAUGGAUUCUUUUCCUACAACAUACCCACUUGGUUUGGUACCACAAAACAUGUGAAACCUCUUGUUCAAAAACUCUGUGCGCAUGAACAAAUGUUAUGCAGCAAGACUUGCUAUAAUUCCGUCAACAUAGCUUUCCUCAUAGAUGGCUCUAGCAGUAUUGGUGACAACAAUUUCCACCUCAUGCUUGGAUUUAUUAGUAAUGUUGUCAAAUCGUUUGAUAUCACAGAUAUCGGUGCCAAAAUUGCAGUUAUUCAGUUCACUUAUAAUCAGCGCAUAGAAUUCAGCUUUACAGACUACAAAACAAAGGAAAAGGUUCUUUCAGGUGUUCAAGCAAUCCGCUAUAUGAGUGGUGGUACAGCUACAGGAGAAGCCAUUACUUAUGUAACCAAAAAUGUGUUUGCACCUGUGAGAGAUGGAGCCAACAAAAAUUUUCUGGUAAUUUUGACUGAUGGCCAGUCUUAUGAUGACAUCCGAGGGCCUGCAACUGCUGCUCAUAAAGCAGGUAUCAACAUAUUUUCUGUUGGCAUUGCUUGGGCUCCACUCGAGGAUUUAAAAGAUAUGGCAUCUGAACCUAAGGAAACACAUACUUUCUUCACAAAAGAAUUUACUGGACUGGAGCAGAUUGUGCCUAAUAUUGUAAGAGCUAUUUGCAGAGAUUUUUUGGGCUUCAAACAGUGAAGACUGAAAAGAGACUGAAGGGGUUUGACUCUAAAGUACAUCUGCAAAACUAAAAUCUCUAGAGUAUAAGAUGUUCUGUUAUUCUAGCACACAAAGUUACAUGGUGGUGAAUUGGCUUACAAAGGGCUUACUAUUGCCCUGCCUUUAGGCAAAACUUCAAUUAAAAUCAGUGGGUUUUUUUCUGAAUAGAGAACCUGUCUAAAAGUACUAUUAGAUACUAUUUUUAAUAUUCUUGUUAACUUUUCAAAGGUGGCCAACUUAUCUAACAUUAAUUUUAUGCACAAAAAACUGCAGCUGCUCCUGGCACUGAGUUAUUCACUAAAUAUUUUGCAAAUUAAGGUAGAAAUAUCCAAUGUACUCUAUUAAAUAUGAAUCUUUUUGCUCUGGAAUGAUGUCCAUUAUGUAAAAAUAAUAUUCUGGUGAGUAUGCAGUUAAUAAACAUUGUAAUAUCUUUGUUAAGGAAUGUAUAUAGCCAGACAAAUAUUAGUAUAUAUUUGCAGUACAGUAUUACAUGGUUCCAAAGACUGCUUUUCAGUUAUAAAGUUUUAGUAUUAGAGAUUCCAGUGCUAUAUAUAAAUUUGAUUUAAAAGACACCUUGAUUGUAAUUAUCUUGGAAAUGUCUUUAUGAUGAACUACUUGCACAUUUUUCAAACCAUUUAAAUGUUAUUUUACUUAUAAAGUCUGUUUGAGCUUGAAAUAGCUCAGCUAAAUUUAGUGGUCUGAAUUUAAAUUCAAGUAUUUUAAACUAUAGGACAUAAGCAUUCUGCUGAAACUGGUAACCUGCAAUUACAAAAUUGUAUAAUUAGAAUGACUUGCAAAGGAAAAAAUUAAAAGCAGUUAAGUACAAAGGGAUAAUAUUUAUCUGGCUAAUAGUCUUUAAAAAUUUAAUUACCAGUAUCUUGUAUAGUGGUACCUUGAUACUCAUCAUUAAUUAGUUUUAGGAGGUAUGACAAGUAUCAAAAAUUAGUACCAAACAAUUUUUCCCAUAAGAAACAAUGUAAAUUAAUGUGUUCUCAAACCAAUGACAAUGCAUAUUUUUAAGGCAAUAUGUAUAAAAAUAGGGUUGUAUAUCAUUACAUGAGAAAAAAAUCUAAAAGUUAAAUAGUUAAAUAGAUUAAAUGAAAUGAAAACUUUUGUACUGAUGAGGAAAAGGGAACG